GCUUUAUUAUUAGACAAUUAAAAGUUGAAUUGCACACUUUGGUGAAUGUGGUGGACCAUCACUGGAAACUUUGGCAACAUACUGCCUAUCGAUUGGUCGAAAUCAUUCACACGCCAAAUGCACAUGCCCACAUUGAAUUUAGGCCAAAAUCAGCUUGGUGCCGGUAAUGGCGGUGCUGGCAAUUCGCUUGAUGCCACCACACCGGGUGAUGAAUUAACCAGCGAGGAUGAGGCUGUAGCCAAUGAUCUCGAUAUGCAUGCGUUGAUAUUGAACGGGCUGAAUUCGGAGCAUGAGGAACCCAUUAAAACGGUUGAGGAGGUAAUCAAAGAGAUUGAUGAUAUUAUGGACGAGGCUGAAAGUCCAUUGGAUGAAGCAGAGACAUGUGAAUCGGAGGUGAUAGAGAAAGCUAGAGAGGUUUUGGGUGCGCCAUUGUAUGCGGAGAAAUUACAAUAUUUAUCGAUAUCACAAUUGAAUGAGCUCUACAUGGAAAUGGAAAUGCUCAUACAGGAACUCAGCGAGACACUAAUAAAUGAAUUGGCGUUGCGCGACGAGCUCGAAUAUGAGAAAGAGCUGAAGAAUUCGUUCAUUUCAUUGUUGCUGGCGGUACAGAAUAAACGUCGACAGUAUCAUGUGGAGAAGAAGCGUGGAAAAUUGCAAGGACCGGAGCCAAAGUAUCUGACCACUGUCAUACCUUACCACAUGGAAAAUGGCACACCAAACAACCAGUCCUUGCAAGUGCUAAUCAAAAUACUAAAAGCAAUCAAUGAGGACAGUCCAACCGUACCCGCGCUGCUAACGGACUACAUACUGAAAGUACUCUGCCCCACAUAAAUAUGCACUGCGUGUGAGCAGUCAGCUGAGUUGUUAGGUGUUUUAGUACGUAAUUGCUGUCGAUACAUUUAGAACAAAAAAGAAUACAAAAUACAACAAAAAAAAAAUAUAUAUAUAUAGAAAACUCAUAUACAUUGAGUAAAGAAGAGAAGCUAAUUUAAAUGAACAAUUCUAAGUUAUAUAAAAGUAUAUUUCUAAUUAAUGUUUUUCUAUUUUUAGUUACUAAUUAAAAGCAAAAAGUAAAACAAGCGAGUAAUAAUAAUGCAUAAACAUAGAAGAUUUUAAUUAAAAACGUAACGAGUACCAUAUAUAUGUAUGAGUGUAUAGUUUAUAGACCGUGUAUUUUUGCUGGCAUUAACGAGCGCUGACAAUAUCGAAGUGUGCGGGUUAUUUAGUGCUCUUGGAAAGCGAGAGUUUUCAAUGUGCAAAAAAAAUGUUUGUACACUGCAAAGGAUAACGCAUGAAUUUCGACGAAGAUAAGUCGAUGGCUAGGCGUGAAAUCAAUUAAAAAAUGUACAAUUUCGAAAAAUUUUUUAAAUUAAGAUAACUGCUAUGCAAAUUAUAUGCGCAAAUGCUGCGCGCUGAAGAGCUAGUGAAUUUCAUUUCUCCUAAACUGCCUAAAAUAAAUAAUAAUUUAUUUAGGUCUCUUGGUAGAAAUAAUAAUUGUUGGAGCGUAAAAGUUAAUUUGUGUCCGAAAAAAGAUAUUAAGCCAUAUUAAAUAAUUUUUUGUGUGAGAUAUUAAUAUUAAAACCAUAUACGAUACUUUUUUUUAGAAAUAUUAAACUUGCACAAUGUUUGGCUGUUCAUUUUAGUCCACAAUACUCUUAAAUUGCCUCAAAAUAUUCGUAAAUACAACAAAGUGUUAAAGUAAAAUACUAAAAAAUCUUAAUAACAAAAACAUUGAAACUCUUUUGCAAUGAACACCAAA